UGCGGCAGACGUUGCGUUUCGUAAAUUUUCAUGUGUUGCUUGUUCAGUCGGUAGCGUUGAAUUGUGAGAUAAUUCAUCAGCAAUAUGGAUAAACCUAUCGGGAGAAAGCCGGGAGACAUUGUUUUGAGUGAAGAAGACUUGGCUUAUGAAGAAGAAAUUUUACGAAACCCUUACUCUGUCAAACACUGGCUUCGCUACUGUGAAUUCAAAAAAGAUGCUCCUCCUGCGAUCGUCAAUUUGAUUUAUGAAAGAGCAUUGAAAGAAAUGCCUGGCAGUUACAAACUAUGGUAUAGUUAUCUUUGCCUACGAAGGAAGCAAACUAAGGGACGCUGUAUAACAGAUCCAUGUUAUGAAGAUGCGAACAAUGCAUUUGAAAGAGCUUUGGUAUUCAUGCACAAGAUGCCUAGAAUAUGGAUGGAUUACUGCAAAUUUUUAACACACCAGCAAAAAAUUACCACCACAAGAAAGGUCUUUGAUCGUGCUCUCAGAGCCUUGCCAAUUACCCAGCAUUCCCGUAUUUGGCCGCUUUACCUGAAGUUUGUCAAAAUGCACCCGAUACCUGAAACAGCUGUACGUGUCUUUCGUCGUUUUCUCAAACUGUCUGCAGAAGACGCCGAAGAAUUUGUCGACUACUUGAAAUCUAUCGACAGACUAGAUGAAGCCGCUGUCAAGCUAGCCCAAAUUGUUAACAAAGAUAGCUUUGUUUCUAAAACUGGGAAAUCAAACCACCAACUUUGGAAUGAAUUGUGUGAGCUCAAUUCAAAAAAUCCAAAGCAAAUCAAAAGUCUUAACGUCGAUGCAAUCAUUCGAGGAGGACUUCGACGGUAUACUGAUCAACUUGGCCAGCUUUGGAAUUCUCUUGCCGAUUAUUACAUACGUAGUGGUUUGUUUGAAAGAGCACGAGAUAUUUACGAAGAAGCUAUUCAGACGGUUACCACUGUGCGAGAUUUUACACAAGUUUUCGAUGCCUACGCUCAGUUUGAAGAACUGAAUCUGAGUCAUCUUAUGGAGGAGAUAGGUGAAAAAACUAACCCCACGGAUGAUGAUGAUAUCGAAGUUGAACUGAGGAUGGCUAGGUUUGAGGAUCUGAUGGAUCGCAGACCUUUACUUUUAAAUUCAGUUCUGCUGCGCCAAAAUCCCCAUAACGUUGCCGAAUGGCACAAGCGAGUCCAGCUUUACGAAGGCAAACCUCAUGAAGUUAUCAACACCUUCACUGAGGCUGUCCAGACAGUGGAUCCAAAGCAAGCUAUCGGCAAAGUUCAUACGCUGUGGGUCGACUUUGCUAAAUUCUACGAAAAGAAUAAUCAAAUCGAAGAUGGGCGAAUUGUUUUCGAAAAAGCUACACAGGUGAAGUACGUAAAAGUUGAUGAAUUGGCAACUGUUUGGUGCGAAUGGGCUGAAAUGGAAAUCCGAAAUGCUCACUACAAAGAAGCUCUCAAGCUAAUGCAUCGUGUUACUACACCUCCGGCACGCAAAGUAGAUUACCAUGAUGACGCUGAACAAGUACAGACCCGUGUCCAUAAAUCUUUAAAGAUUUGGGGCUUAUACGCAGACCUUGAAGAAAGCUUUGGUACUUUUAAGACUUGCAAAGCGGUCUAUGAUCGCAUCCUUGAACUGAAAAUUGCAACUCCGCAGAUCAUUAUGAACUACGCUAUCUUUCUGGAAGAAAACAACUACUUUGAAGAAGCAUUCAAAGCCUACGAACGAGGAAUUGCUUUAUUUAAAUGGCCCAAUGUUUACGAUAUAUGGAACACCUAUUUAUCCAAGUUUCUGAAGCGCUAUGGUGGUUCAAAAUUGGAGCGUGCCCGAGAUCUCUUUGAACAAUGUCUCGACGGAUGUCCCAAUAAGUUUACCAAAACUUUCUUUAUGCUCUACGCCAAGUUGGAAGAGGAACACGGUCUAGCUCGCCACGCUAUGAACGUCUAUGAGAGAGCCACAAAAGCUGUGCCAGCAAACGAGCGGUUUGACAUGUACAACAUGUACAUUAAAAAAGCAUCAGAGAUAUACGGAGUUACCAAGACGCGUCACAUCUACGAGCGAUCCAUCGAAGAACUACCCGAUCACCAGGCUCGUGAAAUGUGUUUGCGCUUCGCCGAUUUGGAGCGCAAACUGGGCGAAAUUGACCGAGCUCGAGCUGUUUACGGACAUUGCAGUCAAAUGUGCGAUCCUAGGGUGGCACCAGAGUUCUGGAAGGUUUGGAAAGAGUUUGAAAUUAAGCAUGGCAACGAAGAUACGAUGCGUGAAAUGCUUCGAAUCAAGCGCAGUGUACAGGCAACAUAUAAUACGCAGAUCAACAUGAUGUCAGCUCAGAUGUUAGCUGCGGCUACCAACACUGCCGAAGCAGCCGCUGCUUCUCAGGACAGCAUGAAAAUGCUAGAUGUGGAGGAGUCUCGUCCUCCAGUGCCUGUGGCUAAACCUCUCGCGCGCCCUGGAAGCAACAUUAUGUUCGUCCGAAGUGAAACUCAACCGGGCAGCGCAACUGAGGAAGUUCCAGUUGCAAGUAACCCUGACGAAAUUGACAUUGAUGAGGAUGGAGAUGACGAUGAGGAAGAAGAGGCCACAAUCGAAGAACAACAAGUUCCACGCCAAGUAUUUGGUAGUUUGAAAAAAGAUGAUGAUGAUGAAGAAGAAGGGCAAUAAAAAUGGGCGCAAACCUUAACAUCCUGAACGUAUUCCACCGUACUCAAUACAUGGGUAUUCUUUACAAAAUAA